AUGUCAUCGACACCCCUCAUCCCGCCCAAGGGCGUCUUCGUCCCCUCACCCACCUUCUUCCUCCCCGCCUCGGCGGGAGCAUCCCUCAAGAUCCCCCAGGCCCCCGUCGACACCGAGACCCAAAUCAACCAUAGCAUCUUCCUGGCCAAGGCAGGCAUCACAGGCAUCACCAUCCUCGGCUCGACCGGCGAGGCCGUGCACCUCUCGCGCUCCGAGCGCAGCGACCUCGUCUCGUCCGUUCGCCGGGGUCUCGACAAGGCCGGCUUCCCCGGCUACCCCCUCAUGGCCGGGGUGUUGACAAACGGCGAGCUGGAGGACACGCUGCAAUGGCUGGACGACUACGCCAAGGCCGGCGCGCAAUGGGGCCUGGUACUGACGCCUGGGUAUUUCGGGCCCUCGGUGCCACAGGAGGGCCUCGUCGAGUGGUACACCCUGAUCGCCGACCGCAGCCCCAUCCCUAUCCUCGUGUAUAACUACCCCGGCGUUACCAACGGCGUGCAGGUUCUGCCCGAGACGUACAGGGCCCUGGCGAACCACCCCAACAUUGUCGGGUGCAAGAUGUCGCAUGGUAAUGUCUCACAUCACGUUCAGGUGUCCCUCGAUCCGGCGAUCAACCACGAUCAGUUCCGCGUGUACAGCGGUUUCGGCAACCAGCUCGGUCCCAUCGUGGCGUUUGGCGCCGCAGGUGUCAUUGACGGGAUGGCCGCUUUCUACCCCAAGACGGUGGUCCAGCUCAUGAAACUGAUGCUGAAGGGAGACUCGUCUCCCCAAACACAGGCCGAGAUCCACCGGUUACAGUUUGCUGUUAGCCAGGGCGAGGAAUUCGUCAUGCGAUAUGGCGUGCUGGGUAUCAAGGAAGCUACUUUCCGCGUGGCAGGGUUUGGCAAUCUUGAGGGCGGCCGGCUCCCGAUUCGGGGAAAACUGCCAGAGGGCGCAUGGGAGAAGGCGAAGGGCAUGUUCUUGGUGGAAAUCCAGGAUAUUGAGUCGUCUCUUUAG